UUCCCACCGUACUCCCUCGCAGUCUCCAUUCAAUUGAAUCUGCAGCGUUUUUUUCUCGAGUACAAGGCCUCGCUGUCAACCCCAAAUCCGCAGCCCCCACCAUUACCGACACUCUUGACCUUCACGCCCGCCCCAACGUACACUCUCGGCCGGCGCCAGAUCUCCCCCCUGUCUCCCUCAGAACUUGCGCGCCUGCAGGCACCGCUCCACGUCUAUCACCACGGAGAACUCGAAACCUUAUCGCCCGACGUAAUGAAUGCGCCGCGCGGCGGUCUAGCGACCUACCAUGGCCCAGGACAGCUCGUCUUCUGGCCCACCAUGGACCUGCACUCGCCGCUGCACAAGCGAUUCACCGUGCGCGAUUAUGCUUGUCUUCUCGAGAGGACCACCAUCGGAGCCAUCGAAAGUGCGACGCGCAACGACGGUCGGGACGGCGUCAAGGGCUUCACGACUGAGAACCCGGGCGUUUGGGCGCGCCAUCAUCUCACUGGAGGCAAGAAGCGCAAGAUCGCUGCAAUGGGCGUUCACUUACGAAGGCAUGUUACGGGGUUAGGGGUCGCGGUCAACAUCAACAUGCCCAUUACUGGGCCUGAGGAGUCCAACCCGUGGGCACGCAUCACUGCCUGCGGAUUGGAAGAUAAGCAGGUCACGAAUGUCGCGUCGCAAGACCUUAGUCGAGACUGGUCCGAAUCGUCGCAACACGACCGUAUGAAUUCACUCUGGGCGGAGGAGUUCGCGAAGCGGAUAGGAGUU